AUCGAUGACCCCAACAGCAGCCUGGAGGAGGCAAUGGAUGAGGCUGAGGCCACCUCCGUGAGCAAUCUGGGAAACCAGCAAGCCUUGAAUGCAGACUACCUAGAUUCUGAUUACCAAAGAGGACAGCUGUACCCGUUCCCCCUGAACAGUGACCUCCAGGCACCCACAUUCACUCUCACAAACUCAGCUCCCAUGACCCAGUCCUUCCAGGAACGGUGGUACAUGAAUCUCAACAGCCUAAUGGACCGGGCCUUGAUCCCACAGUGUGGCAAUGGGGACGACCUGUAUAUCAUCACAGGUGCAGUGCCUUCAGACCACAGGGUUAAAGACAGGGUGUCCAUCCCUGAGUUUGUUUGGCUGGCGGCGUGUUGUGCUGUCCCUGGAGGAGGCUGGGCCAUGGGUUUCAUCAAGCAUACACGGGACAGUGACAUCAUAGAAGAUGUGAUGGUGAAAGACCUUGAGAAACUGCUUCCGUUCAAGCUGCAGCUGUUCCAGGACAACUGUGGGGAGACUGAGCAGGACACAGAGAAAAUGAAAAAGAUCCUGGAGGUGGUGAAUCAAGUCCAGGACGAGGAGCGCAUGGUGCAGUCUCAACAGAGUGCUGUACCCCUCUCCAGCACCACGAGCAAGAGGUCUGGCCCGUUGCCUCCAGAGGCAUCUGAAGAAAGCAGUCGAAGCCUUUUGGGAAAACUCCUGGGUUUCAUCGCUACCCCGGUCAUCAAGCUUUUCCAGUUAACUUAUUACCUUGUGGUGGCAAUCCUGAAGAACGUUGCUUGUUUCCUGUGGUGUGUCACCAAGCAGGUGGUUAAUGGUAUCGAGAGCUGCCUUUACCGCCUGGGCUCGGCCACUGCCUCGUACUUUGUGGCCAUUGGAGAAGAGUUGCUAAGCAUCCCCUGGAAGGUGCUCAAAGUCCUGGCCAAAAUCAUCAGGGCCGUUCUGCGGAUCCUCUGCUGCCUGCUGAAGGCUGUUUGCCGCCUUCUCAGCAUUCCCGUCCGAGUUCUGGUGGACGUAGCUACGUUCCCCAUGUACACCAUGGGUGCGAUUCCAAUCGUGUGCAGGGACAUUGCCAUGGGCCUUGGUGGCACUGUCUCUCUGCUCUUUGACACUGCUUUUGGCACCAUGGGUGGUCUAUUUCAGGUUGUUUUUGGUGUCUUCAAGCGGAUUGGCUACAAGGUUACCUUUGAUAAUUCCGGAGAGUUAUAGACUCAACAAGCUAAUGAGUCUCUUUUCACUCAGUUGUUUUGUUUUGGUCCUUGGUGGGGGUUUUUGCAAAGGAAGUUGACCCAAAAGAAAUGCUCAGGGUGGGAUUAGGUAUAGUAAUCUGCUGUGUGCCUCCAGUUAUAUGUGCAAGUUUCCACGCCACUAAUAACUUCAGUUAUUCACUCUGUUACAGAGUAAAGCACCUAAAACACCCUGGUGUUCCUUGUGACAACUAAAAAUUACAAGGCAGGGAACAGUUGCAAAGAGGACAACUUAAAACCGAAGGAAUUCUGAGAAAAGAAGAAAGGAGUCUUGUUCCUCCUGUUGUUUCUUGAGAUUUAGGGCAAAGCAGACCCAAAUAUCAUUGGUUGAUUUCUUAGCCUUCGCUUCUCUUUGCUCCUUUGUGAAGUCUGGAUGAUGCUUCUCUGUUAAAAUAACUUCCUUUUGGAGACAAAAUGUGCUGUUUCUCUCAGCUUUCCAUGGUUCUCAAGGCCCUGUUAGGUUUUAAUUUUUUCCAAGUUUGAAUUUUGUUGCAGUUUUCUUUUAGGUAAGCAUUUUAUGUCAAAAAUGGCAUAGCACUGUUUCAAAGCAACCUUGAUCCAAAUAAAUACAGUCCUUUCAGAUGUAAAGAAGGGAGUUCAAGGGUGACAGCCUGCUUUUAAGCAGGUGCUAUAAAUCCAAGGGCAUCGUAGCCAAGAUUGCAUUAGCUUGACAUAUAUUAAAUCACUGGCUGACAAGAUGGAACUCAAAGAUCUGUAUGUUCAGCUAACAUGAAAAUUCAUAUUCUCGUCACAGCAGUUUUUAAUGUAUCAAGUAAGUGCCCAAUCCAGUAACACACUCCAGCUUCUGUCCUUAAACAGUUGUCUGAUAUAAGUAUAUAGGAAAGGCAAAGUAAAAAUAUAUAUUCUGUCCAUCUUGGGAAAAAUGUAUGUAUAUAAAUACUUACAAGUCAUUAUCUCUUGGAAAUUAUUUUAUAGCGUAUUUGGGGCUAGAGCACAUAACUCUCCCUUAAUGCAAGUUAAAUUUGAGAGCUUAUCCCCAGUUUUUGAUCAAGUACUUGUCAUUUUAAAUCUUGCACUAAAAAUGAGAAUAGGAGGAACCAAAGUUUGCUUUCGUUCCACAGCUGUAAUGGAAUUAUCUGGAUGUUUUUAGAGUGUCCUAAAGAGUUGCUAUAAAGUAGAAAAGGCCCAGGUAUAAAAUACUGAUCUUGAGAGCAUAGUCCAUGAUUAAGUAAAAACUUAGUUGCACAAACUGGGAGUCCAGAAAGGCCACAGAGAGAACAAUGUGCCAACCACUUGCAGGAUGUGGUGGGAGAGAAAUGUGAGUAUAGCAGGAGUUAGAUUUUACAGACGAAAAAUCGGAUUGCACCAGAGUGGAAGAGCAGCCAGCAAGCUGCCAUCCUGAUCACUUUGUGACGCACAGUUGGGAGCGUGGGCACCAGACCGGUCCAUGCUAGGGACAGGGCCCUGCGUAUCCCCAAGAAUCCUAAGCAGUAUUUGGCAACACUUUUUGUGUGGGUCAGGGGAGGGGUGAGGCUUGCCUUGGUAUUGGUGAGUUAAGAAUCGUACUGGAUGAAGUGGCCAGAAAGACAGUCUGGACAAACCCUCAUUUGAUAAGGGACAGGAGGCCACAGCUCAGGAACCACGGUCACCCAUCACACCUGGAUGACACAUGCAGGAAUGCGAGCUACUCUCUAGCCAGCUGUCUUCCUGGUCAUAAGAAGGGUCUUCUCCCCCAUCAGCGGUCAGGCCUUGAGCCCAAGUGCCAUGGUAUAAUAAGCACGUCCGACGUCGUGCCUACUGCAUCUCAGUGUCCCGUGUUCCGUCAUGGGACAGUUGGCAUUCUGAACGGCCCCAAGAGGGCACCCUCAGCGGCCUGUGCCUCUCAGCGUCAUCCAGGGAACAGAGCGUCUGAACUGCUUCUUCAGAACCAUGUGGAAGUGUCUUCUUUUUCAUAUCUGGCUGUUGAGUGUCUGUCUUUGUGUGGCUUUAUUGAAAUCUUGGAAGGGAUAAUAAGGCAAAACCUACCUUAAGCCUUGGUGGCUGAGAACCUCCUGUCUGGACCUCCUCACUGGAACUGUCUGCCUUGGGCUGCAAGUCCCAUGGAUCACUGCACUGUUGGCUGAUUUUAAAUGGGCUGCUUGGGGCUUGGAGGUGGGAGUUUGGGUUGAUGAGCUCCAUCUCUGGCUUAAAGAUUUUGCUGUGGCUUCAUCAUGUCCCCAGGCCCUUUGGGGAAGUCAGCCAACUCUCAUCAUUUAUGGAGCUGUCUUUUCAAUCUGUGAUGCAGCCACGCCUUUGGACACUCUCUCUUCCCUGUGCCUUUUGAGUGUUGCCUCUUACUUAGCUUCAGCACGUCCACCUGGAUGCAAACUAGAAAGUUGGGAGUAGCCAGAACAGAGCAGUCAACAUUCCUCAGUCAUUCAUUUAUUUAACAAACAUGUUUGGUCAUCAAGAUUGCAGAGAUGAAUAGCCCAUCUGUAAAGAGUUCAAAAUAUGUGUAACAAGUACAAUUGAACUUGCAAUAAUCAUGGUAAGCACUGCAUUGAGCGGGCCAGCUGUGUGCUUCCUGGAGCACAGGAGAAAAACCACACAAUCAAGGAAAUUAGGGAAGACUUUGCAGAGGGUGUGGCAGAAGUAAUUUGACAUUUUCAAGCUAUGUACAGUGCUGUGCCCUUAGUGAUGCUCAAUAAAGUAAUUAUUGACAACUCACUAGCAGUUCU